GCCGCCUGCGGCCUGUCCCCGGCUUCCUCAGCGUCACUUCCGCUUCCUCCCGGCGUGCUCCGCGCGGCCCCGCCCCUUCUUCCCCGCGAGGGAGCGAUCGAGCGAGGGCUGCGACGGUCAAGAUGGCGGCCGAGGCGGACUCCUGGGACGCGGAGGCAGCAGCCUCGGAGUCUUCUUCGUCGGGCCGACUGCGGCUCCCCACCGCCGCCGACCGAUGGGCCGGAGAGGACGAGGACGAGGACGUCAAGGAUAACUGGGACGACGAGGAGGAGGAGGAAGAAAAGGAGCCGGAGGUGAAGCCAGAACCCAAAGUGUCAGAAAAGAAGAAAAUAGUAGAAAAGAUAAAAGAGAAGGAAAAGCUGCAGAAGAAAAAGCAAGAGGAGAUCAAAAGAAGGUUAGAGGCAUCGGAAGAAUCUAAAGAACUUACACCAGAAGAACAGUUAGCAGAUAAAUUAAGGCUUCAGAAGCUGCAAGAAGAGGCAGACCUUGAGUUAGCAAAAGAAACCUUUGGUGUAAAUAGUACAUGUGGAAUAGAUGCCAUGAAUCCAUCUUCAAAAGACGACUUUACGGAAUUUGGCAAAGUAUUAAAAGAAAAAAUAACCCAGUAUGAGAAGUCCCUAUAUUACCCUGGUUUUUUGGAAACGUUAGUCCGAGAUAUAUGCAUUUCAUUGGAAGUUGAUGACUUGAAAAAGAUCACAAAUUCCUUGACUGUGCUAUGCAGCGAGAAGCAAAAACAAGAGAAGCAAAAUAAAGCCAAGAAGAAGAAAAAAGGCGUGGUGCCGGGUGGCGGUCUCAAAGCGACGAUGAAAGACGACCUGGCGGAUUACGGCGGCUACGACGGUGGCUACGUACAAGACUUCGAAGACUUCAUGUGACGUUUCUCCUCUCUGUUGUCCUUCUGUUGCCCAUAAUCCCUUAAAUGUGUAGCACAACUUCUUUCCUUUAAAUUCUGCCAAAUGCUACAAUCAAAAGUAAGAAAACGACAAAAAAAGGUGCAGUAUCUUUGUGCUCUUGGCAACCACCUUGUCAGCAUUCGGCUGCUGGGGCAUCGGGAGGCUCAUCUUGAUGCCAAGGGAAAAACCAAAUUAUGCAGCUCAGCUGUCUAUUCAAUCAUAGGAAUCAACAGAAACUUUGGCAACGUGUGGCUUCAGGGCAGAAGCAGCAGUGAAUUGGGAAAUUAGUUUCAACAAAGCCAAACUGGUACGAUUCUUACCAGCACGGUUUAGUCAUAACAGCCUUAACUGUACCUCUUCCACAGACGACAACAGCAGUUUGCAGCAAGAGCGUGGUGUGCAUUUAGUCUCUUUUUUUAAUUAUUAAGAAAGGCUUUAUCUAUUACAUUAUUAGAGCUUGGAAAGGUUUGAGAGUGGCCUGAGGGGAGGAUUGUGCAUUAGGGGUGCCUCUGGGAAACCCCCUCCAUCUCCACACUGCUUGAAAAUGACACAGAAACAGUUAACUUGGGCUAGAAGGGGGUGGUUCUCUUGCGUUGGGGGACUGAGCAGUUUAGUUUACUCUUCUGAUUCAUUGGGGGACAUCUUUGCCACCAGGUUUGGGUGGCUCUAGUUUGACCUCUCCCAAGACUUUGGCUGUUUUUGGUUGGGUUUUCUUUCUUUUUCCAUAUACAGGAAUCCUGCUUGGCGAGCUGCAACAGUUGGGCAAAUUGUUAUGUUAACAAUUAUGACAUCUGCAAAUGUUUUAUAAAAGCAACUAAUUUAAUAAAAUCACUAUUGUGAGGACUGAGA